AUUCUAUUCUGGAAAUGGCAACAUUUUUAACAUGGCCGCAUGUUGAACGAAACGAUUUUCUUUACUGUUUGCCAAAUAAAACAAAAUUCGCGUGUAUUGUGAGCGGAUUUACGUCGAUCGUGAAGCCGGAGACUUGAAUAAUUUGUGAGACAAAUUUACGGCUGCGAUCACUAGGAUGAUGCAUCACCCGAAUAUGCAUCACCAGCCGAUGUCGGGGCACCCGCCGCCGCCGCAGCACCUGUCGGGGCACCAGGGCAUGCCGGGGCAUCACCAGAUGCCACCCCACCAAAUGCACAGGGAGAACAGGCAUGUAACACUAACUAGGGUGCCGUUGGGUCCCUCUCAGGCAAGUGGCAUGGGCGGUCACGGGCAGAUGGGCGGCAUGGGCUCUAUGCCCGUGCCGCAACAUCACGCGCCCACGCAGCGCCCACCGCACCCAAUCCGGUCCAUGCAUCACCCGCCGACGCAACACCACUCCGUGCCGCCGAACCGCCUCCGCCGGCCGUACUCCGUCGGCGGGGGCUACGGCGCCGGCGGCGUGCCCGGCGUCAUGCCGCCGCCAUACGCGCAGCCGCCGCCGCCUCCGCCCACCACGCAGCAGAGUCACAAUGUGACACCACCAGCGCCGCCCAAACCAACGACCACCGUGACAAGCAACAGCGUGGACGCGACAGAAGACAGCGUGACAGUGCUACCAGGAGCGGGCGCGGGCGCGGGAGCGGGAGCGGCGAGCGACGCGGACGACAAGAAGGAGAAGCACGCGGCGGCGGGCGAGGGCGAGGCGCGCGCCGCCGCGCCGGCCAACAGUAAAGAGAAGACCCCUAUGUGCCUGGUCAACGAACUGGCCAGGUACAAUAAGAUUAAGCAUCAAUAUCGUCUCACAUCAGAGACGGGGCCCGCUCACAAGAAAGUAUUCACAGUAACACUCCGACUGGGUGAUACUGAGGAAUACACAGCUGAGGGGUCGUCCAUAAAACGCGCGCAGCACGCAGCAGCGAGCGCGGCGCUCAGCGGGACGCGCUUCCCUCCCCCGCCGCCCCGCGCGCCGCCCUCGCACGCGCACCACGCCUCGCACCACCGCCACGCAGGCGCAGUGAUGCCGACGGUGGAGCUGAACGCGCUGGCCAUGAAGCUGUGCCAGCCGGCCGUGUACACGUCGGUGCCGGCGGUGCAGCGGCCGCGCCCGCGCCUGCCCUACCGCCUGCCCGCGCCCUUCGUGCCGCCCUACCCGCACGCGCCGCCCGCCGCGCACCCGCCGCGCAUGCUGGAGCCCACCUCGCUGCUGUACCGGGUGCGCGUGAGCGUGGGCGGGCGCGCGUGGGUGGGCGAGGGCUCCACGCCGCAGGGCGCGCGACAUGACGCGGCGGCGCGCGCGCUGCACGACCUGCGCCCCGCCAGCGGUAACGACAGCGACAACGAGUCGGGCUCGGACCUGCUCAACUCGGAGGUGAAGUCGCCCGUGUCGCUGGUGCACGAGCUGGCGCUCAAGCGGAACCUCAGCGUGCUGUUCACCGUCAAGUGUGAGCGCGGGCCGCCGCACAUGAGGGUGUUCAUAACAGCGUGCACGGUGGGGGACAUGGAGACGGAGGGCGAGGGCAACGGCAAGAAGGUGUCGAAGCGACGCGCCGCAGAGCGCAUGCUGGAGGAGAUGCGGCGCCGCUGGCCGCCCGCCCUGCUGCGCGCGCGCCCGCCCGCCGACCGCCGCCGGCACGCGCCCACAAAGAAGAAGCCGAGGAACCUUAUCAAGGAGGGCGCGGGGUCGGGCAGCGAGGGCGGCGGGUCGUGCGCGGGCGGCGGCGCGGGCGCGGCGGGCGCGGGCGCCGACAACCCCAUCUCGCGGCUGGCGGUGGCGCGGCACGCGGCGCGCGCGCGCUCGCCGCAGUACCGCGUGAUCGAGGAGCGCGGCGCGGCGCGGCGGCGCGAGUUCCUGGUGCAGUGCGACGCGCCGCCGCACUGCUGCACCGGCCUGGGGCCCAACAAGAAGGCGGCCAAGCGGCGCGCCGCGCACAACGUUCUGCUGGCGAUGGAGCAGGGCACCAACACCGACCAGCCCGCCCUGACCACCAACAACGGCGACUCUACCACCAACGGCUCUGGGGACGCCAGUAAAGUCAACAACAUUGAUGUCAAACGAAAGGAAAAUGAGGCAAACUCUGGCGGAGCCAACAGUGACGUGCGACAACCCGUCCCCGGCGUUUUGAUGAUGGACUAUCACCAGCGCACCGGGCAACCCACGCAACCCAAUGGAGUGAGCGAGUCGAGUGCAACGGGCGGCGCGCCGACUGCGAGCGCGGGCGGCGGCCCCGGCAGCGGCCCCGGCAGCCUGACGCCGGGCGCCAAGGACCAGCUCAUGUACCUGUCGCAGCUGCUGGGCUUCACCGUGCAGUUCUCUGACUUCCCCAAGCGGAACCACGGCGAGUACCUGUCGCUAGUGUCGCUGUCGACGGAGCCGCCGGUCAUGUGCCACGGCGGCGGCGCCUCCACCGCGCACUCGCACGAGCAGAGCGCCCGCGCGGCGCUGCGUGCGCUCGCGCUCAUGGGCCUCGACGCGCCCACCACCGGAAGCAAGCCAGGUCCGGGUCCAGGCAAGCCCGGAGCGAUCAGCACGGGCAAUGGCGAGUGAGCGCGCUCCAUCCCCCCCACACCCUGGUAGCGUAAUAACCCCCCCUAGCAAUAUUACACACGUGUGAAUAUCUCACGGCGCGAAAUAAUCCUUUGUGACUCAUCUUGUACUUGUUUGAGUAGAGAUUGUUGCACAGCUGAUGGGUGUGACAUGACUCAAUUUUCAAUUAUAUGUACCUCUAUGAGUACAGUAAACAUUAAUUUCCUAAUGUAUGUAUGCUCUUCACUCAAAUCAGCUGGACUGAUAUUGAUGUCAUUUUUCUAUGCAUUUGAUUAAGUUACGUGAACAAUUGGUGCGAUAGAUGGCGUUGCUAUCGAAUUAGAUAAACUUUCUCCAUUUAGAUAUGAAAUUUUGAUGUUUUUAUGUAAUCAAAUAAUCUCGUCAAUUGAAAUUAUCAAAUUUAACCGGAACUGGUUUUAAGUUAUAUUUUUUACAUUAUUGUUUUCCCAAGUGCAUUGAAUACUGAGCAAACAACGGAUUCUAACGUACAAAACAACAUCUUUUUAAACUAGUGAAUAAAGUAUAAUUUUGUGUGUCUUGUUCGAUGCAGAAUGAACUUAGUGAGAUGGAUAUUAAUUUGAUAUAACUUUAUUUCAACUCCUUUUACAAUAAUAAUUUGACAAAAACCCAUCAGCUGUGAAUAACAAUAACUUUAUUUCGUACCUACCCUCCUAGCUAUGACAUAUUCACAAUGACAUAUUUUGAUCUCGGGUCAUGCAACAAGUUUGUUUCUUUUUGUUUUUUUUAUAUAUUGAAGACGUUUUUUCCUAUUGUUUUAAAAAAUACAAAAUAUGUAUAUUUUUUUGUUAUAGUUUGCGAUCUGUAGUGAAUUUUUAUAUUGAAUAUGUAUCGAUAUCGACUCCUGAUGGUAAAAUUUACACGAAACAUACCUAUGUAUAUAGGUGCUAAGUAUUUUAUUAUGUCGAAUGUAACUUCAAAUUGUCGGGAGCUAAAACUAAUGUAAGGAAUUUAUAAAUGUAAGUCAUAGCUUAGCGUUAAUUAGGUAACACUUCGAAAGUAAAACUGUCUCGUUAUUUAUAUAGUGGAUAGUGAAGUAUCGAUGUUAGGGAUGUUACGAAUAUGGACUUUACGGAAUCGUAGUCGGAGAUUUUGGAUUUGAUAAUUUUUGAUUGUUAUCAAUCUUAGCUUAGUUAACGUCAUUGAUCUCCUAUUAAAAAGUGGAUGCACAAUCAGCGACCAAAAAACGUCCCUACUCAAUGAGUGCCAAACAUAACUUCUUGGCACCCAAAUCAAGUAGUCUCAUUUGCAAAUUCAACCUAAAAUUUAAUCCUUAAGGUUGGAUUUGCUCUGAAUUUGGGAUUUUAUUGAAUAUUGGACUAUAUUUAAAGGCCUUUAGGUUUAUAUUUUUUUUAAAAGGUAUAAAUAAGAUUGCAUCAUCACUUACCAUCAGGUAAGAUUGUAGUUAAGGGCUAACCUGUAAAGAAUAAAAAAAAGAAUAGAAAUGUAGUUACGCAUCUUUUAAUCUUCCGAUUUUUUUUUUGAUUCGUUCUUUAAUAUAAAAAUUUGGUAAAUUGAAGACAAUAUAGUUGAAGAUAAUAUAUAAUAGACAGUUUCAAUUUAUCGAGAUCGUAGUCGAACGUUCGUAACAUCCCUAUUCGGUAUAAUAUGUAGGAGCGUUAUAUUGUACGGUAACUUAACACGAGGCUGUGAAGCCAAACCAAAACGGUCUCACGACGCGGCGGCCGCCGGCGCUUGUGACGUCAUAAGGGACUGCUUGAAAUGCAUUAGGGCAAGUUCACAUUAGGGACACGACGGUUUCAAGUUUUAGUCGAAUUUAGGGCGGUUUUCAAAAAUCAUGGAAUAAAUUCCCAGAUUCACUUACAAAAUUACCGCUACCAGAAGAUUAUUACGACUUGAAUCUAGAAGCCUUACCCAACCCUUGUAUUUGUAUUUGAGCUAAUAUAAUGGAGGACUAGGGAGUGGAUUUUUGAGUGUACCCAAAAAGCGUCAGAAGUGUAUUCAUGGCUCUAGCGGGCUAUAAAUGUUUAAGGGUCAGUUUCACCACCUUCUAAUAAGUGUCGGACUUACCAGAAGGUGGUGAAUGUCUUGGAUUUCGACUAUCCGACACUUAUCGGCCACGAAUCUAUCUAUAUCUUUUGAAGACAAAUGUAACAAUUGCAGCCGAACCGGAAGUGUCGUCUUAUUUCGUUGUAUUAGGGCCGAAAGAGCUGGCACUGGAACAACUCCGUCGCCAUUGGUUAGAAUUUGCCUCGAGAUAUGUCGUGUCUCGCAUUCUUAAUGUGGUGAAACUGGCCAUUAAUCUAAAGAAAAUAUAGAAUUCCUCCAUUUUGAAUGUCGAGAUAUACCAUGGGUCGCAUACUAAGGAAACUGGCUCGUAAUCUAAAGAAAAUUUUGAAAGUCGCGAUAUAUCAUGGGUCGCAUACUCAGACCAAUUAUUGUAUAGGACCUGCCUCGCUAGACGUUACUUUUCUGUCAAGGUAUAUGAUCAACGAUCUAAUGCGAUUACAAAAACUGUCUCUAUAGAAUCUAUGUUAAAUAGUUGUAAUCGUGUUCUUCGGUUAAAGAGCUCCGUAAAAAUACCCUUUUGUGUAAUUAAAUUGUGUAAAAAACGGGCAACAAUUUUUAGUUUAGUAUUAGAUAUAUACAAAAUCUGAGCUCGUUUUCCUCUGAAAACGACAGACAAUUUUGUUCGUGACUAUGAGUGCAAUACAGGUCCUUCUAUAAUUGGUCUGAGGUCGCAUACUGGGUGAUGAAACUGGCCCUUAAUCUAAAGAGAAUAGAGAAGUCGAUAAAGUCCCUAAUCUGACGAAGCUCUCAAUGAAAGUUUUAUAGUAAGCUCAUAGAGUAACGUGUAGUACAGUAAGUGCGCCAGCGGUCGCCCGCGGGCCCGACGUUGCAUCAUGCGGCCAUGGUGACGUCUUAGGUAAGUAGCAACUAUAGCUCGCUUCAAAUAGCUCGUCCCUUGGCUUAGUUAUGUACUGCAGCAGCAUUGAGCCAAUGAUACAAUAUCUUUGACUAAUUAAUUAAAUUAUCUAGUAUGUUUUAUGAUUAUGUCGAAUUUCAAUAGAAUAUUUUAAGAAAAUGAAAUAAUUUGAAAUACACAGGUGUGCAACGCCGGUGCACAUCUAAAUGUUAAUGUCUACUAUAGUCUGAUAAGUUCGUUGAUGACACUCCCAUGAUAUGCGGGCGACGGGGGGAAAGACUGCGUGGAUGUGAAAUUAUGCGUGCGGGGAAUGUGCAUCAGUCGUGGGUUUUUCAUUCUUCGGUACACGUCCCCCGGCGGACCGCGCGGACCAUCGGGAGUGUUCUUAGCUAUACUAGCAUUCGUUUGACUGUAAUGUUGAAAUAAAGUCUACAAUUAAAAACCACCUAAGCAGUCCAUCGCCAUUCGGUGCUUAGUUGUCAUGUUAAGUCAACAAUUAAGGUCGGAUUAAGGAUAUAAUAGUUUAUACUUGUAGUAUGGGAGCCCAUGAGUACUUACUUGGACAGAGUGUGUCAGAAAUUGUAGUUUUUUAUGCAGCAACAUUUCUUUGGUACGAAAUUAGAUUUGCGUGGUUAGUCUAGUUAUACGGCACAAGAUAAAACAAAAAAGACAACACUUUACUGCGUAAGAUAUUCAGAAGGGAUGUUAAAACGCCCCCAUCCCAUUUUCGGGUGAUUCAGAGGGGAUGCAAGCUUAGAAUGAAAUUUCGGACACGAUUCAGGCGUUAUUUCCUUCAAAAAAAAAUCAACUGCGCUCUUGUAUGUCAAGACAAGACAACAGAUUUUUUGUCGCUUCCUUUAGGUUACACUCAAAUUGUCAGUGUAGUGUUCGUGUAUAUAUACACCGGUUAUGGGAGAAAGCGGGCAGUCUGUCUCUGGUAUCGAGAGGAGGCGGACGUGUGACGCUGACCAUUAUAGUGUAUAAUAGUGUAGUGGUGAGACAGUUACUUACUGCUAUUACAGUAAGGAAGAGACCUUACAGUCAGGUUCAGUUAAAAUGCUGACAUAUUUUUUUGCUAGUAUCUGUAUCUGACGUGCUCGAGUAUCGUGGAUGAUCGUUUUGUUUUAGUAAUCUGACAGGUUGCUUUAGACAUAACCACCGAUAUUAAACGAUCACACUUACUGAAGAUAGGUAUUCGACAGCAUGAAAAGUUCCUCCCUUAGGCUUAUAUGACGUGUUCAAGUAGAUCCAAAAAUUCUCUCAUUGGCUCCCGGUCUAUUGGCACGUGACGAGAGAGACUGUCUAAGAAGACUGUCGCGUUAGUUCGCGAUCGCUUUCGUCACAGCGUCAUAUAUUGUACCUACGGUUCAUAGACUCGAUGAUCUAUAGCUCGGCUCACGAAAUUAUGUUGAAACUUGAAAAUUGUUGCUCCCCGCUUAGCGUUUGGAACAAAUUUUCAUGAAACUUAAAUGUAGUCUAUUAAGAUAUGAGAUCAUUUUAGUAAUAUUGUAGUGCUUUAGUUCAAUGAUGUUACAUACUGUUAGAUGUUUUAUUAGCGCAUGAAAAAUGAGGCGCUUUACAAAGAAAAAGAGGAAAUUUACAACUCAAUGUUAGUUGUGGUCAACAACGAACGUUAUUUAAACAAAUAAUACCUAAAUAUCGUCUACAAUGUCGUGUUGUGUGUUCAGGAAGUGUAAAAACUAUAUGUGCAUAAAUAUAUAAUGGAAUUAAGGACAAAAUUGUGCUCAGUGUUGUUGCCUAUUAUUCGGAUCACUUUUUGCAGUGAUUUUGUAAGGAACGUAACCGAUUUAUAGUAUAAAAUGAUCAUUGCUUUAGUUAGUAAAGACUCGUCAAAAGGGACCAGCUAUGUGAAGUGAACAGAUAGUACCGCCGCCCCCCCCCCCCGCCCGCGCCCGUGCGCGGGGUGCGGCGAUUGACGCGUGGCCUCGAUUUUUAACUACGUACCACUUAGAGUAGAUGUAUAUUCAAUAUUUCUCCCUGACCCUAAACUAUGAAAUGUGUAAUUUUUAGUAUAUAAGUGAACCUCGCUUGCGUGUUCGAUAAGAGACAGUUGUGUUAAUAAUAAUUAAAUCACCAUUUAAUUAUUUACCAGCAAACACUAACACCACACCAUCAUGUACCAGUAUCAGUCAUACAGAACAGCCAUUUUAGUGUUCAUAUAUUUUUCUCCCAUUUAUUUAUUUCCCUUUUUAAAAAUUUUUAAUAAAAUAAACCCUCCCGGUGCGGGACAUUUGAGUGUCCAAGCAACCGGUGGUCAGGGCUCCAGAGUGAGGAACCUCACAAUACGCGCCGUCUCAAGAAUCACUGCCUUCUGUAUCCGACUUGAUCCAACAGUUAAGUGAAAGCUUCUUAAGAUGUUGGUCGAAGCUUUUCGCUAGAAGACCAUUGACUGAAACAACUAUCGGAACAAUAAUAAUUGACUCAACAAUCCACAUGGUGGUAAUCUCGUGAGCAAGGUCCAAAUAUUUAUUGUUAAAAAAUAAAUACGGUCGAAUUGAGAAACCUCCUUUUUUUUGAAAUCAGUUAAAAAAUGUGGGUAAAGUUAUUUAAAUUAUGAAGAACCGCCGAUAGAGACUUGGAACUAGAAUUCUUCUUCAAGGCAAAACACUGUUGGGACUAUGGAUAUAGAAAGCGCAAAUUGUAUCAGAACUUAUCGACCUGUUUUCCUUACUACAUGAUGACGCUCCAAGAGCUAGAGAGCAAUGCAACGAACGUUUUGCUUCUCAAUAACAACUACCAGUUUCAAGGACAGCUUUUACAGCUGGCAGAGAACCAGGGCAAUUAAUAAAUAAAUUAUAAAGCCUAACAUUAAGUUAAGAGAAGCCAACUAAUUCGGAUGCCGGCAAAUAUAAAACGUAAGUUUUCAUGUGAUUUCAAAGGGUUAUAUAUACACGUUUGCUUAACUUUGUACGUUUAGUCAAACUUUAACUUUGACGCGAAUUUCUAAGGAAAUGAAACAGCGCCAUCUAGUGGCACAACUGUUUCAAGUCCAUAUAAAUUCGCGUUUACGUUAACGCGAUAGUAAUCGUAUGAAAACAUUGAAAACUCCCACUAGACACACUGCCUGGAAUGUCACUUGCCUUGUCACUUGACUUGAUAUGUCUCUUCUAUGGAACACGUAAACGUCAAUGCGGAUUUUCACCUCGUUAGUGCAGUAGAGUUAGCAUGUAUACCUAAUCUAUUUAGGAUUAAGAUUGCUUGUUAUUUUAGUGUCGUAUAAUACAACCAUUUAUCUAACUAGUUUGACGACUAAUCUUAGGACGAAAAGGUAAUACUUGUAUAAGGUAUGGGAAAUACAAUUGAUCGGAGACAUUGUUAUGAUUAGUUUAAUGAUUUAGUUUUAUUUGUUUUUUGUUUUAAUUAUAAUGUGCUCGGUGGGACCCGCCGCCCGAUCAGUUGUAUGUGCGCCGACAAUUGUACAUUUCAUUGUAAUGGGUCUGUUUUUUUUAGUUCUCGCUGAAAAUAUGUUUCCAGUCGUGUAGGGUCUCUUUUAGAAUUUAUCAUAUUAUAUAUAGUCUCGUUUUUCAUUGAAGACUAUUUUAAAUCGAGGCCAUUGGUAGAUAUUUCUUCAUGUCGAAUGUUGCACAAGUAACAACGCAUAAAGAAAUAAAAAAAUAUUAUUAUUAUUAUUGGGAUAUAAAACGCCACAAUGGCAUAAGGAAGUGUUUAUUUAUUUUGUUUAAGCGACUAAUAUUUUAUAUUAAUAUAUUGGGCGGAGUAAGUCCCAACACAAACUUCAUGCUGUUAGCAUUGUAUAACAAUAAAGAGAAUAAAAUAUUGAAA